AUGGGGCGAAGAACAGAAAAGACAAAGAGGAAAAUUGACCGCAGCCAUCAGGAGGGCACUGAAGACAGCACUAAAGAAUCGGGCUCAUCUCCAUCUGCCACAUCCAUUGUCACCCUUACCGGUGCUUCAUCUCGACCGGGUCCCGCCGAAACAACCUCCCCCUGUCCUAUUGUCGGGGGUUCAACGGACCAUCCUGAGGGAGGGAAGAAUGCAAAGUGGGCCGCUGUGGCCAACGGACAGCCCCCCUCCGUGGUGUCCCAGCGCUAUAUGCCCUGUGAGGUGCCCCCGCGCUUCCGCAACCAACAGGAACCAAAAGUGCUACUGAAAAGAGGCCAGCCACCACUGUCCUGCAUGCUGCUGGGAGGCGGAAACGGAGGGGACCCUGCACCCCAGCUUUCCCUGCAGGAGCAAGCUGAUGCCUCAGAUCCAACAGUAGUUUCUGUUUCUCUGCACUUAUCGUCAGAUGCCUCUGCCACUCCCACUUAUGCAAAUUACACAUGGGGGUUGAGCUCAGGACGUCAACCCUCCACUCAGGGAAUGGACAAGGACAAUUCUGAUGUAGAGAAAUGGCCAAGACCGGAAGACUCAUGGGAUAGUGAUCAGACCCCACAUUCUGCCAGGUCAAGGAUGGAUGAGUCUGAUGGCCUAAGAACGGACACUUCUUCUCAACUAUCUGAAUUUGCAGAAGUCAGUGCGGUAGGAGGUGCAUCUUCACAGUCUGAGAAUAAAGAAUCCAUUAAAGAAGUCAAUCAGCACUUCAAUUCCAAGGUGUCAAUGCUUUCUGGAGACCAGGAGGACACUCAAGGUCUAAAACCAAAUUCCAACCCCGAUGACCCUGAUGGCGCAAACAACACUGCUUAUGAGGAAUCUACUCCCACACCCUUGAGUCCAGCCAGUGCAGUGUACCAGACACUCUCCAAGAACGAAGAGUGCAUUACAGGGGAUUGGUUAGAGCUUCAGGCUGGACCAAAUCGUGGUGGAGAUGGUGGAGUCUCCAGAACGGAAUUAUGGGAUACAGGAGAAGACCCUGUUGGGAAGAGAAUUGAUGCACUAGGUGGAAGUUUAAGUGAAGGCACUGGCAUCUUUCAGGGAGUGUGGGACCGAGACACGGUAGUUUCAAACAAACAGGCAGCUACAGGAUGGACCUCAGAUUUAGCAGUUGGAGCAUCAAAAGAGGAUGUGAGAGGGAUCUCUGAGGUAAGCACAGAUAGUUUACAGGACUCUUCAAUGUUUGCAAACAGCGUGGCAUCAAGAGAUGACAAUCAGAAAGCAGUUGAUGAUUGUGAUGGGUCUGAGGAAAAAUCAACUGGCAGAGAAAGCAAUGAGGAUGGGAUGCACACCCCAAAUUUGGUCCAAAGCCCCUCCAGAAGUCAGGCCCUCCACCCAGAAGAAGCCUUAGAAAGCAUGAUCAAUCACACUAACAUGGAUCCUAAAGUGCUGUGCAACACAGGAUGGGGAAAGACUCAGAUCAAGCAGAAUGUCGCCUGGGAUUUUGAGGGCAACAGUGGGAAUGUUACCUGGGAUGUAGAAGUGGACCCUGACCGCAGUAAGGAGGGCUGGCGGGACACUGGGGAUCUUUCCAGCUCUAAAAUGCAGAAGCAGGAGGUUGGCCAGGUGGGUAGAGCUCAAGGGUGGCCCGGGCACGGAGACAUGAGCAUUGGGAUUGGUUGCAAAGGGAGUGGUUGGGGAGAAGACCAGGAGGUUGAAGAUACUUGCAGGAGGGAAGGGACGGGGUGGAACCAGGGUGGUGGAAGUGAGUGGACUCCAUUACCCGAGGGUGGAGGCUGGAAAGAAGAGAAAGACAGUGACCGCAAGAAUCAGGAUGAAGGGUUAUGGGGCAGCCCGGAAGAGUCGGGACAGCGGAGUGGUGGCUGGGGAGGCAGCAGUGUCAAACCGCACCAGGGAUGGGGCGAGAAGCUUCUUCCAUCACAGAUACCAAACAAACAAGCAGCACUUAAAAACCAAAAUCAAAAACCGCAGCAGCAAUCGCAAACCCAGCAGCAAAUGGCGGUAUAUCCAAAGGACUUGCAGGAACGGGGUCGUCCAGGAGACACCGACGACCAAGGUAAAGGGUCUGGCUGGACCUGUGGGCCCAUCCCUCAGGUGCCUUCAGUUGUAGAGCCGAGUGGGUGGGAGGAACCCUCGCCACAGUCCAUCAGCAGGAUAAUGGAAAUUGACGAUGGCACAUCUGCAUGGGGCGAUCCGUCACGCUACAACAGUAGGACCGUCAAUCUGUGGGAUAAGAAGACCAACAGCUCACAAGACCAACAGCAGUUGUCUGGAAGACAGGCUGGAGCUCUUUCUAAAAACUCUGUUCCUGCAACAUGGGCACGCAGCAGUGGUCCCUCAGAUCCUUCUGUGGUCAGCGGUACAUCUGCUUGGGGGAAAUCGUCUGAUGGUUGGGGGGAAUCCAGUGAACCAGGGAAAGGAGGAGGAUGGGGAAACUCGCAUUCCCAUUCUACUAAAUCUGGUUCAAAGUCUAUGCAAGAGGGGUGGGGUGACGAAGGCUCGAAUGUAUCGCGACACUCCAGCUGGGAGGAAGAGGACGGUGGCGCUGGUGUUUGGGGCAGUCGGGGAUCUCAAAGCAACACAUACAACUCUGGGGGCUGGGGGCAAGGCCAGGGGGCCAGGAGACUCAACGCUAAGAGCCCUCUUAAAGGUAACAGUGGGGACUCAUGGGUGUCUCCUGUGACUCGGCAGUUCUCAAACAUGAGCGUUACGGAUGAAGACUCCAGUAUGGGUCACGAUAGCAGGCACGACAGGAGAGGAAUGAAUGAUGGUGAGAUGCGGAGAGGCGGCAGGACUGGGGGAGCUUUCCGCUCACAGCCUUCCAAAGAGAUGCCAUGCGGGGAGACCGGACCUUAUCUGGACAAGGUUGGAGGUCAUAGUAUGUUUGGCGGUGGUGGGAUUCCUCCACUGAGAGGGAUGCAUCAGGCUGGUGUGCACCCCUUAAACCCUUCCCCUGGGAUACGAGCACAAGUGCCUCACCAGUUCCUGCCUCCUCAGGUUCCUGGGCCGAUGCUAAAGCCAAUGGCGCCACCUAGUGGAGGCAUGUUCCCUCCACAGCUUUCCCCCCAACACAUCGCCAUGCUUGGUGGCAUUCAUCCACACAUGCAACAGUUUCAACUAGCCUGUCAGCUCCUAUUGCAACAACAACAGCAGCAGCAGUUUCUGAAUCAGAGGAAGUUUCCUCCUCCUGUAAGACAACAGCUCGACCCGCAGCAGCUGGCGCGGAUCAUGGCAAUCCUACAGCAGCAGCAGGGUGCUGGUGGGCCUAAACUCUCACCGCCACCCAUGGGAGGACAAGUCCCCAAACACCCAGACGCACAUCUCCAUCCGCUGGGGAUGAAUGCCCACAAACAGCCUGAUGGACCAGUGCAUGCAACCAUGGGAGGAUCUGAGCUGCACAGCAAAACUCCUGCAGCUUUCACAGGAUCAGGGUCAAACUCUCUGAACACCUGUAAGCCUUCACCUGGUGCCUGGCCGUACAGUGCCUCAGAAAUGCCCCUCACUGCACACGGUACAGCUAAAUACUCCGAGCUGAAGUCUAGUUGGCCUCCGGAGCCCAUUGGACACGGCAAAUCAUGGCGGACCAAUCGGAACCCUUCUCACCUGCCCCGCCCCCCUCCGGGUCUCUCCAGUCAGAAGCAGCCCUGGUCGGGGGAGGGGCCUUGGAUGCCCAGGACUUGGGGGGGCGGAGCCAGCCCCCCGGAGUCGCCCUUUAAAGCAGAGUGGAGCGAUGGAGGAGCUUCCGUGGGAAAAUCAUGGCUGUUACUGCGAAACCUCACGCCACAGAUCGACGGCUCGACCCUGAAGACAAUCUGUCUGCAGCACGGCCCUCUGCUGACCUUUCACCUCGGCUUGACACAGGGCAGCGCUCUGAUCCGCUACUGCAGCCCUCAUGAAGCCGCCAAAGCCCAGAGCGCCCUGCACAUGUGUGUUCUGGGAAACACCACCAUCCUGGCCGAGUUCAUGAGCGAGGAGGACGUCGCCCAUUACAUCACACAUUCUCAGGCCGCAGGGGUCGCGGUGUCACCCGAGGGCUCGCCCAGCUCUGACCUUGUCCCGCGAGAGGGCGAGCGACCCAUGAGCUCCGGGGCUGAUGGAGACAUGACGGUGGGCUGGCAGGGGCUGGACGUGACGGCCGGCUCCACGGUGGAAGCGCCGGGACUCGCCCUCCUCAGCCAAUGGAGCAACAGCGCAGGGGACGGGGUGGGGAAAGGCGUCUGGGGGGGCGUGGCUCUCGGUUACCACGGCGGCAGCCUAUGGGGCGCUCCUCAGUUAGAGGACGGCACAGCCGGGUUGUUGCCAGGCAACCUGCUUGGAGGCGGGACAGACAGUUUGUGAUUGACAGCAGUCAGUUCUUGAGAUGCUGGUACGUGGAGUUUAAAGUGUGUCAAACUGCAAAAAUAAUGAUUGUUUCCAAACAUUUGGAAGCCAAUGCAUUGUUAUAGUUUUUCAGUCUAGCUUUCGAGAACAUUUCAUUUUUAAACCCCAAAUAUGUAUAUAUAUAUAUUAGGCAUAAAAGUGUUAAUCACAGUUAAUCACGU